AUGGAACGAGCGGCAAGAGUCUGUACCACGUGCAAAGCUCGGAAAAAGGGGUGUGACAAGACCCGUCCAAGCUGUGGGUAUUGCACCCAACGUGGCCUGACAUGCGUCUAUGAUGACCCGAUCGUGGAGACAGAAGGCCGCCGCAACCUGGCGGGGAGGAAUGUAUUGUGGGCUAUUAGUCCUUCACUUUCCUCAAGUUCAUUUGCGAAUACGAGCUCAUUAACCUAUUCACCAAAGUCAAUCGAGGGAUUCCUGCGUCAUGAAGUCUCUGAAGUUUUUCGAAUCACCCACCGAACCUUUUCGGAGGUCUGCGACCAGUAUUUCUGGAAUUUCCAUCGGUGGCUACCGGUAGUAUCCCAAGAUCUAUUAGUGGAAGCUACAGCAAAGCACGGUGAACAAUGCCCACCAGCAGACCUUUCUUUGCUCAUUAUGGCUAUGUUCUUGGUCACGCUGGAUCCAUCUGAUCUCAGCAAGACGCACAUUAUACCUCCGCAGACCUUAUAUCUGGAGUUCCGGAUAUCUCUUACCCGUGUUCAAUCUGCAUUGACUGCUUCUACACGACUGGUUCAAGCUGGCCUACUCCUGGCUGCAUACGAGUAUGCUUCUGGUAGACCCCAUGCUGCGUAUGUGUCCAUCGGAAUAUGUGUGCGGAUGGCUACAAUUCUUGGGAUUGAUACCUGUCAUCGAACUGCUAAGGGAGACAGCAGUGGCAUCCCCUCUACCUUGAAGUCUCUUGAAAUUCAAAAUAUCUAUUGGGCAAUGAUUAUGUUAGAAAGGUUUGUGAGAACUUGA